AUACUAAUAGUUGGAACACGGGUUGGGUCGGGUUCUACGGGUUGUGUAAUCCAAAAUCCAAACCCAACCCAAAAGAGACGGGUUGUACAAAAGAAAACCCUCACCCAACCCAAAACCUUCGUUUUAGCGAUAAAUACGGGUGGGUUGGGUCAGGUUGGACGGGUAGGUCGGUUUGCGAGUGUGUUUGUUCACCCCCUACUCACAAGGUCCAACCCCUUCUCACUUCUGAGUGAGCCUGGUUUAAUUAUAAUCUCAAGAAUAAGUAAUCCAAAUAUCAAGGAUAAUCAAAUCAUCAUAAUCUAACACAUAAAACCUAAUUGUUGAGCCUUGUGUAAAUCAUCCAACUAGCAAUGUGUAAGGAAGUGGUUAAGUACCUUACACGGGCCUGUAUAAGAUCCAGUAUAACCUUCUUCCAACAACUCGAGUUAUUGGGACCAACUGGUUUAUUACAUGGUAUCAGAGCAAAACUCGAUCCCUUGUCUAGGGUUUUGAGCUUCCGCAGUGUUGCCUCUCCGCAGCAGCAUCGAAUCAUCGAUGUUCUUUAUCAUCCUCGUCGUGCGCAUCACGACGUUGUUGAAUCAUCAUCAUCACGGUCGAAUCCGUCGGCCAAGUCGCUACUUUCUUGGAGUCGUUUCCAUCUCCAGCAAUGGUUGGAGUCUCCAUCUCCUUCGACAAAAUUGAAGCAGAGAAAAGGACUUCCGACUCCAAACUCGUCCAGUCACCAUCUAACCGAGCCAUCCAUCAGCUUCUCGAGCGCAUCAACCCGCUCCUGUCUCCACUUUUGCAGUUCAGUGGCGAAGUCCUUUCCGCCAUCACCGUCACUCAGUCACGGCCACUGGUCUUCCCGGAGAGACGAAGUCAUCGUCUCCGUCCAGUCAUUGACGUCGUCGUUAUUGUCGGCUCAUACCAAGGUUCCGUCUCUGCCUCGGUCAGGUCGGCAUGUCCCUGUCACCGUCGAGAGCCGAUGUCCAUCCCGGCCUCCAACAUGCUUGUCAUCGUCGGCGGCGGCAAGACAAGAUCCUUAGAUCGACCAUCAACGUCCAGACUGUCAUCAUCCUCCGCGCCAUCUAACGACGGCCGAGUCAACGUGGGUUGGAUCAGCUUCGUUCAUCGUCUGCGUCCCGACGCCGCUGAAUCACCAUUGUUGUUGGCGUCAGGCGAGACUGCUCAAAUCCGAGCCCCCCACCAUAACCAGCAUUGUCUCAUCCGCAAGGUCACCAUCAGAGAUCUUCUUUUGCAUCUUGUCUCCCGCCAUUCCGCCGCCGUUGAUUGCUUCUCCUGAGAUGGUGCAGUUGAUGAGGUGGGCGCAUGAGGGAGAAUUUGCGAAACCAAGGGUUUCUUUCUCCAUUUGGGCCAUCUUCAACAAAAUGGGCUGCCAAAUUCAAGUGUGGUCGUGAGGCCAAAUUAGCCCUUAUGGGCUUUAGCAUAUAUUUUUGGUAACAGUUUAUCAAAGAACUCUUCAAUUAGUCUUUUUGGGUAAGCUAUCUCAUUUUGCAGGCUUUACCCAUCAACUAUAGUCAAGUAUCAAUUGAGGCAUUCACGAUUCAUAAAAUGAUUGUCCCCUGGCGUUCGAAAGGUAGUACGAUCAGAGAAGUUAUCGUCCCUUUAUCGUCCAGUUGGCAUUUGCGAUCCAAGAAAUGAUCGUCCCCUCUUCCGGUUCAUUAGUGGGCACAUAUCAACCAUUCAUCGCUUUUCAAGCUGGGCAUUCACGUUGUUCAUGCUCCAGCUUGAGGGGGAGAAUAGGAGGUCAACAUAUGUCGGUCGACUAACUCAGUCAUCAGGUCGACCGCGAUGUACUAGGUGUGUUCAAGUUCAAGAGACGUAGUCAAUCGUCUCCAUCAUCAGGUUGUUCAGAGAGAGUCAGUCGUCUCCAAUCAACCUCGUCCGAGAUGUUAUUCAUCUCGAGUUUUGUAGUUCAAGCCAUCAUGCUUGUUCUUCACAUUUACUUCUUCAAGCUCGACAUUCUUGUCAUUCAUGUCUUCGCUUGAGGGGGAGUGUUGCGGUUACUUAAACCGUGUUAGUAUUGGGCCUUGUUGGGCCUCGUCUGAUUCGUUGGAUUAGGGUUUUAACCCUAAGUUUAUCUAUAUAAGUUUAGCUAUCGACUUGUGUGAUAGCAAGCCGUCACAAUGUAGUCGUUUAAUAAAACGUCAGCUGUGAGCUCUUUCGAGCUCACCGUGUUCUUGACAUGGUAUCAGAGCUGGUUUGUCCUUGAGGUCACGUGUUCAAGUCCUCACGACCCCCAAUAUGAACCGUUGUCUUCAAGCACAUGGUAUGGCUGGCCUGUGCAAACUUCAAGCCCAUGGGUCGGCUUUCGUUUGAGGGGGCGUGUAAGGAAGUGGUUAAGUACCUUACACGGGCCUGUAUAAGAUCCAGUAUAACCUUCUUCCAACAACUCGAGUUAUUGGGACCAACUGGUUUAUGACACAAUGCAUGCACGCAACAAGGCUGGUGAGGUUAGUUAGAGAAGCCAAAUUCACGGGUAGUAGUUAAGGGGUAAAAGGAACUAGAAUGCUGAAUUAUUGCUAAUCAAAGACAUGAUUAGUUAUUACCACUUGGGUUUUCUAGUAAUCAGGUCCACAGGGUUAUAGCUCCCCGUGGGGUAACUAAUUAAUUAAUUACCCUAACUAUGAACCUAUGAUAAUUAACAUGUGCAUGUAAGUUUAUAAACUAACUACCCUAACCCUAGCUAGCCAUAAAUAGCUGGUUAACAAAAUGGUAACCAAUAAUUCACAUUACCAUCACAAACAAACCACAUUCAGAUCUACAUUACCACAUUGCAUCACGACUAUGUGCAUGUUUCUAUAUAUGAUGAUGGAGUGAAGAAAGCAGCACAGAAUCGGAAUCUUGGAGAGUAAAGAACAAGAGAAAAGGGACAAAACUGAAACAAUAUACAAGGAGAUCGGGUAUGGAAAGGCAAUUAGCUGCUGCCCAAAUCUUUAUAUAUAUAUUCAUGGUUUUUCAAAAUUCAAGUUCUACCCAAAUCUUUAAUUUUCAAAUGUCUGAAGCAAACGAACCCAUACUCGUUUGUGGUGGUGGUCUUUGCCUUAGCUAAUGCGGUUUGGCAUAUGGUUUCUUUUGCUUUUGUUGCCAAAAUUUCUGUAGCAUUUCCUUGUGUACAAGGAAAGGGGACUUGAAAGUCUACCGUUUGGGUGAUUCUGCCUGUAAUGUAAAUCCAUAGGGCUUGCAAUUAAAGUUCUCAUUAUGUGAACUCUAGUAUUCAAGUAACCCUAGUAUCCAAUUGUAGAAACAAUGUCGAUCCAUAGGCUUGAGGAUGAAUAAUUAGAGCGUUUUUUUAUAGUUUAGGUAAUACAAGUUUAUUAAUAUUGGGAAUUAAAACUUAAAUGUACAACAGAGGAUACCUGUUUAAUGAGCUUGUUUCCAUAGAAAGAGUAGCGGGUUAUUAGGAACAACUAGCUUGUAACCCGACCCGUUGGUCGGAGGAGCUGAGCCGAAUAUUGAAUUAUUGGGAUAACCCGUAGAUUCAACCAUUAAGCUAAAUUGGUCUAAUGGUGAGUACCGCCUAGCAUAUCCCUAAUAAUCAUACCAAAGUGAAUAUAUUGGAACAUAAACAGUACAUCAAAAGUUGGUACAACCAUGAAGUUAGACCAUUAAAAACAUACCAAUGAAAUUGAAUAGCAUCGAAAAACUUCAACUUCAUUAUAUAAUUACAUGAGAUCAGAAAGAGAACACCAUUAAUUUGAUUUAUAAAACUUUCAUCUUGUCGUCAUUGUGCUUUCUGGUUUUUGUCAGGCCAUGAUAAAAUCUAAGGAAAUCAAGAACGAACAACACGAUUUGGGAUAGGAACCGCCGUUGUCGUAUUCCUAGAGAGUGGUGGUAAACACGGACUCACCUGCCAAACUGGUUUGGAUUGAGAUUUUUAUCGGGUAUCAGGGAACCAUGUGAUUAUAAAUUAGACUUGAUCAAAACGGGCCAAAACAAAAAAUUCAGCCUGUUUGACCGACCCAUGCAAAAUUCUAAUUAUUCGUUACUUUUAAACUUUCUAUUUGAAAAUAAAAAAUAGUGAAAGAAAAUAGAUGACUGCAAUUCGCCAUUUGCACAUCACUUAUUCGGGAAUAAAACCAUAGAAAUUCA